AUGGCUUGGCUCGGUGUGACAGCGCCGCCUGGUGAAUUGCGCCUUUACUUCCUCUGUAUCUAUUUCGGCAUAGGUGCUUCUGUAUGGGGGUACAACAUAGGUGUGAUGUCUACCGUUAUUUCCAAUCACGGCUUCGACAAUGCUACAGGCCAUAUGCCUUUGUUUAAGAAGGGAUAUAUCAUCAGCUCCUAUUACAUCGGGACCUCCAUCAGUUACCUCCUUUUGUCCCAUCCUCUCAGCGACUGGCUUGGGCGCCGGCAUGCUGCCCUGGUUGGAACUAUAGUGGUGUGUGUCGGCGCGCUGUUGCAAGCUAUUAGCAACGGUUCCACCGGUUUAGGCACAAUGAUCGCCGGCAGAAUCGUCAGUGGACUUGGCGUCGCGAUUGUCUCAACUUCUGUGCCGUUAUACCAGGCGGAGGUUUCUCCAGCGAAGAAGCGCGGCCACUUUGUGACGGUAAACCACGUUGGUUUUAUCGCAGGCAUUGCCACGGGUCUUUGGGUUGGGUAUUUCAUAAGGUUUUGGAGGUCAAGAGCUGGGGAUUUCUGGGGAUGGCGACUAUCCAUUUUGCUCGAAAUAGUCCCAGCCCUCAUUUUUGGACUCGGCUUGCCAUGGAUCCCCGAAACACCGAGGUGGCUUAUCGAGCACGGAAAAAAGGACAAAGCGCGCCUGACCCUCCAUUGGCUUCGAGAAGGUAAUUUCGAUGACGAACAGAUCAAUCGUGAAUUCAGUGCGAUCAUUGACGACGCCGAUGAGUAUCACCAUUCCGGUUUAAACUGGCUUUCGCUCUUCAAAGAAAAAGCCUUGUUUGCUCGUCUAUGGCGUGCUACCUUGCUGCAGUUCAUGGCACAGCUCUGCGGUGCAUCCGGCAUCAAAUACUACCUCCCAUAUUUAUUGCGAAGUCUCGGUCUGAGCAUGGAGACUUCUGUUAUGGUUACCGCCGUUGAAAUGACAGUCAAGAUAUUGUUUACCGUUCUAGAAAUGUUCAUAAUUGAUCGCUUCGGACGCAGAAACAGUCUAGCUGCUGGCUGUGCUAUCAUGGCUGUUUCAUUAUUAAUCAACGCUGCCUUGCCUAUCGUAUAUGGCUAUGGGGAAAACACAGCUGCUAGUGUCGUCUGCAUCAUUUUUAUUUUCGUAUAUGCCAUGGGCUUUUCCAUAGGUUUCGGACCUGUUACGUGGGUAUACAACACAGAGAUCUUUCCAACAUCGGUGCGAGCCCGCGGACUCAACUUCGCCUCAGUGGGCGGCUCUUUUGGUGCCACUAUCGUUACCAUGGCUUGGAGUUACGGGCUUUCUUUCUUGGGAAACUACAUAUACUUUAUGUUCGCAGCGAUUAACAUCGUCUGCAUUCCGGUUGUCUACACUUUCUUCCCCGAAACUAAAGGCCGCGGGCUUGAGGAAAUGGACGCAAUUUUCGGUGCCGUUGACAAGCCAAGAAGUGAUUCUGACGGCAAGUUAAAAAUAUCUUUCGUGCAAAGUCUCAAAGCUAAUCUAAAGUUAGAUGCUUCUGUACCUCUGUUACGGGAUGAUGAUUCCUACAGGGACCCUGAGGAUUUUGUCCCUGGCACAUCAAGAGAUGAGGAUCGCGAUUUCAGCCUCGUAGGAUGA